GGCAAACUGACCAGUACAGCAGCAUGGCUUCUACACUGAUAUGCACAGAAACUCUAAGCAGGGUUAGUUCGGUUCUAAAUAGAGAUGUGAAGCAGUAUGGGAAGAAAUACAUGUUUGACAGCAACGAAGAGACUUGUUGGAACUCGGACCAGGGAGAAUACCAGUGGGUGUCUCUGGAGUUUCCUCAAUCUGUAAAAAUUACUGAAAUAAAACUUCAGUUUCAAGGUGGAUUUGCAGCUAAAUCAUGCAGACUAGAGGGGAGUCAUACAGAUGGAGAAAUCAAAGUACGUCAGUUUUACCCAGAGGAUGACAACUCUUUACAAAGUUUUCCCAUUCAGGAGGCCCCUGUGGUGGACAAAGUAAAAAUAAUAUUUGAGAAUAGUACAGACUUUUUUGGGAGGGUUAUUGUUUAUUCUUUGGACAUCCUUGGGGAAAAGACAUCAUGAUUUUUUUUUUCUUACAACUUUUUCAUGAGAGAGGAAGAGAACGUGGGCAUGGGACAGGACACAGGAUGUUGUGGUACAGGUCUGUUUUGUCACCUUAUGAACUUUUGACUAAUGGCCUUUUUUGGUAUCACAGUUAUUGGGCAUCUCUUUUCUGCGAUGUGUGGCAAUAGAGGUCAAACUACAACUAUUCUGUGAAAAGAACUUGAAUGGACAAUAUAAUUUUUUUCUUCACUGUGCAACCAAAUAAUUCCCAUAUAAUACAUUCAUGUGUUUUAUAUCAAUAUUUUUAUGUAAUUAUGUAAACAGAACAACUCCUUCAAAUAAAAACAUACAAAUGUGAUUACAAA